GCAACCCGCGCCACCUGUCUCAAACUUUUGCUGUGUAAUCUGUACACACGCGAGCAAGAGGCGCCGCUGCGUUAUUAUUUAACACUUAUUCCAGCUCCGCGGUUAAUAUCCACCAUGGAGUAUUUACUUGGGAUCCAGGGGCCGGAUUUUGUCCUCGUCGCCUCCGAUAAUGUCGCAGCGAGCAGCAUCAUUCAGAUGAAACACGACUACGACAAGAUGUUCAAACUCAGUGAGAAGAUUUUGCUCCUGUGUGUCGGAGAGGCAGGAGACACUGUGCAGUUUGCAGAGUACAUCCAGAAGAAUGUCCAGCUCUACAAAAUGAGGAAUGGUUAUGAACUGAGUCCAGCAGCAGCAGCAAACUUCACACGAAAGAACCUUGCAGACUAUCUUCGGAGCAGGACUCCAUAUCAUGUGAACCUGUUGCUGGCGGGCUACGAUGACACAGACGGCCCGGGUCUCUUCUACAUGGACUACCUGUCUUCCCUGGCCAAGGCCCCAUUCGCUGCCCACGGCUACGGAGCCUUUCUCACUCUAUCCAUUCUUGACCGCCACUACAAACCAGAUCUGACCCGGGAUGAGGCGCUGGAUCUUAUGAAGAUGUGCAUUGAAGAACUGAAGAAGCGCUUCAUCCUGAACCUCCCCUCCUUCACCGUCCGUUUGAUUGACAAGGAGGGCAUCCAUGACCUGGAGAAGAUCACUGUCGGCGCCAAGUGACCGCUCACUGCUUAACCACAACCCUGACGCCCUCUUUUUUUUUUUUUUGUACUGUUGACCUCCUUGCUCUUUCUGUUCCAAUAAAAAGUGACACACACACAGUUGAGAUACAA